UUAUAGAACAAAAUAAAAAAUUCAAAACAUCAUACAAUAUGGAACAAAGGGAGUAUUGUUUAACAUCCUUAAACGGAAUAUACUCUUUAUAGUAUUCUGAUUCUCUUCCUCUAUAAAAACGUUCCCUCACGACUCACCAGAUCAACCGAGUUGCGAAGAAACUAUAUUACGCACAAUAAUAAAGAGAAUAUUCCGAUGACCGGAGAAUUUGAACAUAAAAAUAACUACCAGAUUUGCGACGAGAUCGGCCGAGGUCGAUUCGGAACAAUCACUCGCUGUUUUUCACCGGUGACUAAAGAAUUCUACGCCUGCAAAACGAUAGACAAGCGCGUGCUAAUAGACGCGCUAGAUCGCGAGUGUAUAGAGACGGAGCCUAGGAUCAUGGCGAUGCUACCACCGCAUCUGAAUAUCGUCAGGAUCUACGAUCUAUUCGAAACAGAGGAUUCUCUGGCGAUCGUAAUGGAGCUAGUCGAUCCGCCUAUGACGAUAUACGAUCGGUUAAUCACCGCCGCCGGGCGGUUAUCCGAAUCAGAAGCCGCCUCAUACGCCAGACAAAUCCUCGGCGCGCUAGCUCAUUGUCACCGGUACGGCGUCGUUCACCGGGAUGUAAAACCGGACAACGUUUUAGUGGAUAUCGGAAGCGGUGGCGUUAAGCUAUGCGAUUUCGGAUCGGCGGCGUGGCUAGGCGGAGAGAAAACAGAGACGGCGGAGGGAGUCGUGGGGACACCGUAUUACGUGGCGCCGGAGGUUGUUAUGGGGAGGAGGUACGACGAGAAGGUGGAUAUAUGGAGCGCCGGCGUGGUUAUCUACACGAUGCUAGCUGGAGAGCCACCGUUUAACGGCGAGACGGCGGAACAGAUCUUCGAAACGAUCCUGAGAGGGAAUCUGAGGUUUCCACCGAAGAAAUUCGAAUCGGUAUCAGCAGAAGCGAAGGAUCUGUUGAGGAAAAUGAUCUGUCGCGAUGUUUCCAGGAGAUUUUCCGCAGAAGAUGCUCUUCGUCAUGCAUGGAUGGUGAACGUUGGAAACUUCCAAAGCAAUUAAUUGAAGCUCUCUGGUUUUCGAUAAUGAGUAGAGUGUAAAUUAGAGUUAAGAGUGAUGGUGUGUAUAUAUGCUCAUCCGAAUAGUCAAACGUUGCUGUGUUUGGCUUUGUCAUUCGAGAAAGUAGCUUGAAAAUAUUUUGUUCAAAUUAAGGGCUAAUGCUGGGCCCAUUUAACUGGACUUUAUCUCUUUUGGGCUAGUUUUAUCAAAUUCCGGGUCCAUUUCCAGGCUAAUCAUAUAAAAGGCUGUUUAUAAAAGGGACGUAAUAUAUUAUAUGCG